GCGUCGUCGCUGCGUCAUAUCCCUCGGUGACUCCGCACAUGAGCGGAUGGCUGCGAUAUAUGCUUGCCGUGAGUUUAAUGAACAGUCCAUGAUAGAUUCCUCAUCACCAGCCGGUCUACUCUGCAAGAGCCUCAAAUUCAUGGAGCGCCCGGACCUAGAACAUCUACGGAAG